UCGGCAUCAGCCCUGUCACCUGUGCAGAACAGUGAGGCACUGGGACCCUAUCUUUCUGCCAGACUUUUAUCUCCGAAGUUGAAGGUUUCACCAGUGCCAGGUGCUUAGUUCCCACACUGUUGGGAGAACGACGCCUGACCAAGAAACCACUGACGUGUCACCUUUCCAGGCAGAGUCCAAAGCAGAGCCCAUGGCAAGGAGAGGAGACAUCAGGAUAAUGGCGACCUCUGCCUUGUGGUGUCUCUUUUUUUCCCUCCUCACUUGGGGCUGCCCAUCAGGAUGUGCUGAGGAGAGCCCUGCGCCCCAGGACGUCACUGGAGACACAAAGAAACCUGUGCUUUUGAGAGAUAUUGCAGCCACAACAGUCUUCAUCAGUGCUGCUGAGGUGGCCGUCAUUGGAUUCUUCCAGGAAUUAGAGAGGCCAGAAGUUUCGAACUUCCACACUGUUGUAGGAAAAAUCCAGGAGGUGCCGUUUGGACUCAGCACCAACCCCGAGGUCCUGUCUCAUUAUAACAUCACAAGCAAUACCAUCUCCAUCUUUCGCAUGGUGGACGACAAACGUCAAGAUUUGGAACUCACCGAUAGCAAAAAAAUGGAUGCCACCAAGAUGAGCCGUUUCAUUCGGAUCAAUGAGCUGCGACUGGUGACAGAGUACAACCCUGUGACGGCAAUAGGUUUGUUCAACAGUCCAGUCCAGACCCACCUCCUCCUCUUCACAGACAAGACCUCCCAGGACCACACGGAGCAAGUGCGCAGGUACCGGGAGGCAGCGGAACUCUUCCGAGGAAAGAUUCUUUUCAUCCUGGUGGACAGCAAGGUGAAGGGCAAUGAACGUGUGAUAUCAUUCUUCAGCUUGAAGAAGUCCCAGCUGCCAGCUCUGGCUAUAUUCCACACGCCAGAUGAGGAGCGGGAUGUGCUGCCCCUGGGUGAGGUCACAGUAGAGCGUGUGCAGGACUUCUGCAAUGGCUUCUUAGAGAGAAAGCAAAGGAAAGAAGAUCCCAGCCCAGAGGAGAAGACAGAGCUCUGACUCCCAUCUCAAUCACCAGAUAAAACACUGUGGCUCUGCCCAGUGCCACCUGCACUCAGUAUAAGAAGAGUUCACUGUGCCCAACAUCUCUGAAGACCCUGAGACAAUAGGAAUAUGAGGCCAAGUCAACUAUGAUCAACCCUUCUCCAUUCCAUAUACAUAUAUGCUCUUUCUCCUCUCUAGGUAUCUCUCUCUCCUUCUCAAUUGCCAAUUCCACCCUCGCUCAUCUUAAUGCUCCAGGAACCAUGGCACUGUACUGCAUUGGUCCUUCUGGGUUCCCACUGCCUGUUGCCAUAUAUGAGAGCAAGAGGCAAUAUGAUGAAACUGCCGUGUCAAAAACACGCCUUGCAGAAAGUUUAUGCAGAGAUUGGCAGGUCUGUUUCCCUGAUAACUCUGUCUCUGCCCCCUUAAUACAUGGUUCUCUCCCCCCCAUCUGGCACUGGUACCAUGUUGGGGUUCCCUUACACAUCUCUCUGGGUCUAGAAGCUGAUUUGUCGCCUGAGGUCACAUGACCUAUAGCAUUACAUUUUACUAAAUAAAGCAGAAAGUGAAUUCUCUGAAUUUGUGUGAUUUUUUUUUUUAAUUUAAGUAAUAAGCCUAAAUAUCUCUAAAAGAGCAGGUUCAAGUCUCUCUUUUGGCUGAAUUUAAAUAACCUUGCUGUAUCUAACUAGUCAGAUUACUCAGUAAAUAAUGUUCCUCAACUUAUAUUCGGAGUGCCCUAUGUUUGACUUAGAUAUUUCUGUUUUACGAUUAGACUGAGGGCUUCUAUGUGGAGGUCUAGGGCUGGAAUUGCACUUGGUACUACAGGGGUGGGAUUGACGUACGUUGGCACAGCUGCCAGGGAGCGCAGAACUGGAAAAACAAGAAGUGCUGCUAAUUUGGAUUAAGGUACAAAGGCAGAACUAGGUGGGAACCAAAGACUACAAUGGAGUGAUGUGUUG